AUGUCGAAAGGCAAGGCCCAAGUCGAUAUCGAGAGACGCUCUAUUAUCGAAGAGAACCCGAACAAGGAAGGGACUGCGCAUCAAAAUGCUCUAGGACCUGUUCCGAAGAGGAGCUUGAAGCAGUUCUUAUCGCCAUUGGACUCUGCAUAUGCUGCUGCUGUGAACGCGGACGCAGAGACGGUGGAAUUUACGCCCGAAGAAGACUACAAAGUAAAGAGGAAGAUCGAUAACAGGGUAUUGCCUUUGGUGAUAUGCAGUUAUGUUUUCAAUCAAUUCGAUCGCACUAAUAUCGGAAAUGCUCAUGUCCUUGAUGAAUUUAAUCGCAAUUUUGGUAUCACGACCAACGCUAAAUGGACGUUAGCACUUAGUAUAUUCUAUGUGGGCUACUGUCUCCUCGAGAUGCCCGCGAACGUCUUCCAACGCCACAUCGGAGCGAAUAGAUUGAUUCUUCUCGGAAUCGGAGAAGCUGGAUACUACGCUGGCAUGAUCUACUAUCUGUCGUUUUGGUACAAGGGUCAUGAACUCGCCAUGCGUAUCAGUAUUUGUAUGACUGGAACAUUUUCGGGUGCUAUCGGGGGUCUCAUAGCAUUUGGCCUCGUUCGAGCACAUACCUCUGUUCUAAAAGGAUGGCAAUUCCUCUUUCUUAUUGAAGCCAUACCCACCAUUAUCAUGGCUUCCAUGAUUUUGUUCUUCCUCCCUUCUUUCCCUUUCUCGUCAACAUUCUUGACAGCCCGGGAGCGGGCCAUUGCCCAAGCUCGUUUGAAUCGCGAUCACAAACCUCAAUCUCACGGCGGCAUGACUGGAUGGCAAGGCUUCAAGAAUGUGAUCUUGGAUAUCAAUUCCUGGUUAUUUAUGUUAAUCUAUGCUAGCUUCAACGUCGGAGUUGCUACUAUUUCGUACUUCCUGCCCACGUUAAUUAAAGGCCUCGGCUUUUCUUCCAUCAAUGCUCAAGGGAUGACCGUCGCUCCCUACCUUGUUGGCUGGUUCAUGGUAUUCUUCCAAGCAUGGCAUAGUGAUCGUACACGGGACCGAGGCUGGCACAUCAUGCUGUCAUGCGCCAUAUCUUUAAUUGGCUACAUCAUCCUCGCGACUUCUGUGCAAAAAAGCAUUGGAGCAGUGUAUUUCGCUCUGUUCCUUGUUGUAGGUGGAAACUACAGCUUGUUCCCUCUCGUGAUGAGUUGGGCCGCUAAUGCUUUCUCUCCAACAUCGAAGAGAGGUGUCGGGACGGCUUUCAUAGUGUCAAUCUCAAAUUGCAUUUCUGUAUACAGUGUCUCACCUCAAAUUUAUUUUGACGAUGACGAUAACUACCGAAAAGGCCACACCAUAUCAGCCGCCUGUCUGUUCGUGUCCUUCAUGACAGCGUUCAUUCUACGUACCCGUCUUUCGACGCUGAACAAGAGGAAUGCGAAGAAAUUACAGGAAAUGUCGGCGGAGGAGAAGGAACUAGAAGAAGGACCGGCAGGAGAGAUUCCGGAUACUGAUCCUAGAUAUGUCUUCAUGACUUAA